AUGGAUGGAAAACAGAGUCUGACUCGCCGCAAGAUCAAGUGCAGCGGCGACAAAUCAGGCUGUGCCCGAUGUGUUGGCCUCAAGAUUAAAUGCGUAUACAACGGCGUUAGCAAAUCCGGCUCACGGUCUCAGUCCUGUCAGAGCCCGAAUUCGACGGCGAAUAUAAAACCAAGUUGGAGCAUUCACAGCCCGAAUAAAACCAGCUCGUCAAAACCUCGCCGUAAUGAGCCGUUGCAGAUACCACAGAAAGAGAAGGAAGCUAUAGACCAUGCUGCGGAUGACGAACUAUCAUUUACCGAGUUUAGUUUACCUAGCAGUGUAUCGCCCAAGUCACCCAUUGAUGGGUCUUCGAGCGAUAGACAAACGACAAUUCUGGCACGCACGCUAGGACCGUUUCUUUACGACGACAGUAGUGCUAGCAUAAAUCUCAUGACUGACGAUCCAACUUUGGGUGAUCUUGACGAUUCGCUGGAUUGGGCACUAAUGAGCGAUAACUACGCUCCCACUCCCGAUCUGAUCUCCUUAGAUAGUUCUGCAUUCGACCCUAGCCUCUCGCCCUCUCCAAUACUGCCGCACACCAGAACCACCCAACUCCAAGCUCUUUCCACUUUCCAACCUCCCAAAUCCCCCGGUCCCCAACAGCCCUCCUCGACAUUAUCCUCACCCUCCGCACCACGCCCAUGCUCUUGCUCCGCCCGCCUCUCGGCCUUAUUAUUCAGCCUUAACGGCCACUUGCGCCGGCGCUCAAGCUUCUACUCGCCAACAUCUCCCGGCGGCAGCACCAUCUCACUAGAGCAGAGCAUAUCACGGAUUCUCGCCGCACAGUCUAGCGCAGCACCACUAGGCGACGACAUGGCCGUAUGUGCAUCCCGAUGCCUUACACAAGCCUCAAACGCGGUGCAGCUAGUCAUGUUAAUCGAACAGCUCGUCGAUCUGUACGCAGGACUCGUCGAGCAGCUUUCUGCGGCGCGAUAUGCGGUUGACGGCGUGCAAAGGGCUCCCACGACAAAUGCUGAGAUGGCCAUGGCAAUGCCGGUGCGUGUUGGCGAGUACAUGGUCGAGAGUGCGGCGGAGAGGGAGGCUAUGAUUACGUUGCUUGUGGGCAGGAGGAUGAAGGCUCUGACCGGGUUUGCGGUGACGUGCCGAGAGCGGUUGGGAAGUGCAUCCGGGGCAGGCGAGUGCCGUGGAAGGCUGAAUGGUGCAGUGCAGAGGUUAGAGAUGCUGAGAGACGGACAGAAUAGGAGGUGCUGA